UUUAUUAUACAAUGACCUUCAAUUUAAUGUUGAUAAAUAGGACUGUGCUUUGUAGCCUUCUUUUACUAUAAACUUGUAUUUGGUGCUUCGUUAUGAUUGUUUCAAAACUGAUAGUAUCGGCUUUUCUUUCAUUCGUUAUCUGCACGUGUUUCGCACAGAAUCCUGGUGAUCACCCUCCAUUGUCCAGACAUGGAUUGGUUACGGAUCAGCACUUACGAAUGAUGUCAAAUAUGAUGCUAAAAUAUGUUAUAUCCAAAGGAUGUGACUAUGUGCACGCAUUUGUCAAGGGACAUUAUUACAAGUAUGGUCAUGUUGAUGAUGACCACACCCACAAUAGAGACGGCACUGUAAAAACGUGUGACUGGAAACCUUGGGUUGAGAAAAAGUGUGGCCAAUACCAUAUCCCAAUUGAAUUAUGCUGCGCGCUCAUGGACUGCGGUGCCCCCAGCAGCAUGGACGCUCUAGGUGCGCCAUACGACAUGGUCGAAAAAUGUAACAUGACGGACGAUAUGCAUAGGAUACAUGGGUUUGGAAAACGAAGCAGUAAUGGUAGGUAUGGUGAUCCACAGUCCACAAGUCACAUGUGCCAAGGUUUUCAAGCUGCAAUAAUGAUCGGAAAACGUGAAGGUCCAUUGGAUUCAGCUGUCGUUCAUCAAAUAAAAAAUGUUACGCUACUAUCGCAACAUGGACAUCUUGCAUGGACAACCAGUUUCAAAAAUUCCAGUGCAAGGGAAGACGUUCUGAACAGUGCGCGAUCUAGACUGAUUCGAAGAUGGUGUAAAGUCUUUAGUAGGAACAUCAACAAGAAAUACCAUCUGAACGAAAUAAAGUUCACCCGACGAUCGAUGUACUGGUUGGUGGACAUAUACAAAGCUUCGCUGCAACAUCACGUACCGAAUUACUACACACAUGGGCUUGUUGGGUGUGGUAUAGAUUAUGCUAUGGUCGCUUUCAACGUACAAAAAUGGCAAACAACUUUAUACAAACUUGCAUUGAAAUAAAUGGAAUCUAUUUGGUAUCACUUUAUUUUAAAUGAUUCUAUUUCUGAAAUAUUCACUGCGAAAACGGCAGAUAAUUAUUUUCAA